CCGCCUCCCGGGGGCGCUGCCGGCUGGUGGGGGCGGGGGGCGUCCGCCGCUCAUGCCGCCCCGGCCGCUGAAGCCCCCGCCGCGCCGCCCUCCCGCCUGCCCGCCCGCGCCCGCCGCCGCCCCGCCGCCCCCAAGAUGUGGCACAACGUGGGGCUGACCCUGUUGGUGUUUGUGGCCACGCUGCUGAUCGUGCUGCUGCUGAUGGUGUGCGGUUGGUAUUUUGUUUGGCAUCUUUUUUUGUCAAAAUUCAAGUUUCUUCGGGAACUGGUGGGAGACACCGGAUCCCAGGAGGGAGACCGUGAGCCUUCAGGAUCUGAGACCGAAGAAGAUGCUUCACCGUCUCCGCACAGGAUCAGGUCCGCUCGCCAGAGGAGGGCCCCUGCCGAUGAAGGCCACUGAGCCAGCCGGUCCUGUGAUAGCAAAUGACCAAGGGUUCUGGGAGUCUCUCUCUGUAAUGAUGGGGCUUUGCAGUUUGCUAAAGGAGUGAAGAACAUUCAUUCUUGGAUUCUAAGUCCAGUUCAAAAAAAGAUUUACAUGUAAGCCAUAUGCAAAUAAAGGGAAUUUCAACCAAA